AUGUCAACCCUUCUCAAGAACUCUCAAGAACUCCCUGCUACUUCAAUGGCACCCAUUCACCAAAAUCAGUAUGGUGAUCGAGUGCAGAGGAGGAAGUUUCGCAACGUUUUCGGCCCCCAAUGUUCUGUGUUCGCUUACCUCAAGCACCCAGCUAGCCUGGUACCAGCGUUGACAGGCAAAGCCAGCAAUCCGAUGAUGACCUGCCCGCAUCUCCAGCUCAGACUUGUUAGGGCUUUUCAAGGCCGACAACAGUGCUGCGGCGGGUAUGGAGGCACAGCAGAGAGACAUCGCACGACUUCCGUCCCAGAAGCCAGGAGGCCGUAUCUCGAUAGGGCUAUUAUUCGCCUAAGGCUACUCUAUUCGGCCUUGAUCAGCGCGGCUCGCUGCAGAGGCACAAGGCUGAGCGAAACGACGGGAUGGACCCACAGGCUACCAGGCAUCAAUAGCCGUGGGUGGGAGAAACAAUUUCGCAAGAUGGUGAAACUGGAUUCCCUCAUAAUUAAGGCGUUAAAUACUUCAGGCGCUUUGGCACGAGAAUUUCCACCCAUUCUUCCUACAAGCUCCACGACAUCUGACCCAACAUCGUCGGCACAAAGUUGUCCUGAUUCAGAGCCCAAGCACACUUCAGGAUCUCAAAGGCUGUCACAACUAUUCCCAUCGCGACCAAAUUCACUCAUAUCACCCAUCUCUCCUGCCAGCAGUUCAUCGUACAGGAGAUCGUAUCCAUCCCCCCUUGUACCAGCCGCAGAACCACCAUAUCGCAUACCUCGCGCACCUGCACCCCCAUUGUUUCACGAAGACACAGCAUCUAGCCCUGUUGCAUGUUCCUAUGAUCACCAAAGUGUGUCUCACACCCUACAGAGCAAGAGUGGGACAAAGAGACUGUUUAGUCGGCUCGCAUCCUUGCGAGCAGGGGGCUUGAGAGUUAAUACGUAUGGCAGACUUGGAGAUGAAGAAGCUGCUUCCUCCAAGCGACAGCUUCCAGGAAUGCAAGAGGCGGAAGAAUCUGUGGGCCAUGACUUGAGCAGCUACGAAGGUUUGCCUCUGAGGUCUUUCCAGCCGCGCAUCAGGGGAGAGCACCCACUGGAGGUGAAAAGAGAGCAGGAUUUACAUGAAGCCGCCCAUGCGGCUGAAUUCGAGAGACUCGAGUCACAACUGGGAGCUGGAAUGACUACGAUCCUGCAGAAGCCGUUCACGCAUAACCCCAUCCGACCUCCACAUGAAAGCAGCGGAACACUUCAACGGGGCUUCUCCGUAUCUGAGAUGGCGCACCUGCAGGCGAAAGAUGCGCAGAAGGAAGCCGAUACAAAAGGCGAUAUCGUCGCGGUUGCGGAAAUUCCCAUCGACAUUAGUGACUCCAUUGCUGGCACCGAUUUCGAUCGUAGGAGUAGCAUCAUGACCGCAGAUACAAGCCUGGCUGGCAAAGAUGCGCAAACGAGCUACUUCUUUCCGCACGACCCUGAUAUGCCUUCGUGGCGUCCGUUUACCAUGGGAUGGCCCUGGAUUGCCAUGCUUAUUACCGUUGCAUUGGUGCUUUCCGGCCUCCAGGAGUUCCUUUGCCAAUGGUCCAUGGGCCAUGUCAAAGCACAUAGCGAGGAAGGCAUACUGCGCUUUGGGAAGGUGGGAGAUCUGACUGUAGGACUGUAUUUUGCUUGGCAAUAUGCGCCCAUCAUGAUCUUUGUCUUGUACGGUAUCCUCUGGCAGAUGACAGACUUUGAGGUGAAACGCUUGGAACCUUUUUAUCAACUCUCCCAAAAGACUGGAGCCACGGCAGGCGAGUCUCUCAACAUGGACUACCUCACUUUUAUGUCCUGGGCUGUACCUCUCAGAGCCCUUCGACACAAGCAGUACGCCGUCAUCUACAGCUCAAUGGGAACUAUGAUCGCUAGCAGUGUCGUGCCUGUUCUGCAAGCCGCAUCUAUCAAAAUGGAGCAGAUUGAAGAAAGCGAGCAAGGACAGCCACAGAAAGUAGUGCGUGUGGUUCCACCAUGGUCAAGAGCUGUUUCCGGCUGUCUACUGAUCGUUGCCUUUUGUGGCGCCAUGCUCAUGUACGCCAUGCGCCGCAAAAGUGGCUUACAAUCCGAUCCAAAAGGCAUCGCCGGCAUCGCAGCCAUGGCGACCAAAAGUCACAUCCUAGCCGACUUCCACGGCCUCGACAAGGCCCCACUACACAAGAUCCACAAACAACUUCGUCACCGUCGGUACAUUUUGCACAAAAGCUCCAUGUGGCAGGGCGAAUACAUACGCAACAGCAAAGACAAGGUCCCCGAAACAGGAACCGACCCGAGACCACUCAUGCUCCGCAAAAGAUUCGGCUUCGCCUUUAUCACCUUUAUCAUCGCCGUCGCCAUCGCCACCCCCAUCUUCACCUUUGUCGAACGCGCCGCCGCAAUCACCCUUAAACUCCCCUUUCUCAUGACCGGCCUCGCCACCAUCAUCCGCAUGCUCUGGAACACACUCAACACCGACGUCCGCAUGCUUCAACCCUUUUGGAUCCUCGCCCACCGCCACGCCCCACCCAAAACCCUAACCCUCGACUACGCCGGCACAAACCCACUCUUCCUGCCCUUCCAAGCCUUCUUCAACCGCCACUACCUCGUCGCCCUCGUUGCCCUCGGCUCCAUCCUCGCUGAGAUUCUCACCGUCUGCGUGUCCUCCAUCAGUGUCGACGGCAAGAAAUUCAUCCCUGGACUCGGUCGUAUACAUGACAAUGAUGUCUCCUCCGCCAACAACACAGUCCACAACACCGACCCAGACGAUCACUACAACACCGAUCAAACUUACCGCAGCUUCUGGUCCUCCUUUACCCUCUCCAUACUCAUCCUGAUCUACCUCGUCGUCACCGCCCUCAUCACCUACACCACGCGCUCGCAAAAACUGCUGCCCCGUCAAAUCGGCAGUCUCGCCUCUGUGCUCGCUUUCAUUCACCAGAGCAAGAUGCUCGCAUCUGGAGCGGGGCGGUAA